GUGUGUGUGCGUUUUGUGUUCCAAAGAAAUUCUGUGUGUGAAAAUUUGGCGAAGAAAAUUUGGGAUUUAGAUGAAAUUAUCGCAUAGAAAAACUGGAAAAUGUGUAGAAAACUAUAGUAGAAACGGUUUAAAUAUGAAAUUGUUGAAAUCAACUGAAAACUUAAAAAGUGUUAAAUUUAUUUUCCAAAAAAAGUCAUGUGACUUGACAGUAGCAAUUCGAGACGUCCAAAAGCGUUGUAAUCGCCUGAAAUUGUAUAUUAUUUUGGAAGACGAUUUUCAAUGAAAAGGGUUAGGGGAAUAUACUUAGUUAGAAGUGAAUGUUAAUGCAAAGGAAAGCAAAAGUGGUGGAAGCAUAGAAAAAAAAGUUGUGAAAAAAGAACUGGUUGCGGAGCGAAGACAACAAAAGGCGAAGAACGAGUGGCAACAGUAACAACAAUAACAACUGCCAGAACGUAAACAAGAACAAAGUUAUGAUUAAGGCGAAUUAAAUUGUUGGAUGACAAUUGAUAGCAAGAAAGUGGGUAAAAAAGAAACCAAGGAAACAUCAGAGGAAUAAGGAGUUGUAAAAGAAUUUAAAAAGGCGAGCAGCUGGUAGCUCAGCCAUCAAUGCUGCUGCUGCGCUGUUUUAACUGUGCAUAAUUUUAUUUGUAUUGUGUAGCUGCGCUGCCUUGCGUCAUCGUAGACGUUGACGUUCAAACGUUGUCGAACUCAUCCGUGUACGUUUGGUUUGUAUUGUGCUAUCGCGCUUAUUCGUAGCACGCAAUCCCGUUUGGUCGCUUCUUGAUUUGUUUUGCGGUAGUGUUCGUUCGUGUUAUUGUCGUCGCAAUGUUCCAUGGUUCUCAUGUUUUGGUAGGGGGGCAAAUGAAAAAAAAUUAUUAAAUAAAAAGUAAAUCAAAUAUCCCCAACAUUCGUGAAAGGCCGCGCAGACAUCGAGGACGUGUUUGUAUUCAUCAACAACGGACUCGUUUAUGUAGCACAUCACAUAAGACUUGAAAUUUUAGUGUAGACCACUAAAUGGACAAAAUAUAAUUGUCGUGCUUUUCAUCUUCGUCGAAAUCGUACGGGAGUAUUAGUUGACAAUUAAUUGAAAAAAAUACGGGUUGAACACAGUAAACUGACUUGUAAUAUAAUUAAUAUAUACAUAUAUAAUUGUACAUAUAUUCAUAAACAAUACCAUAUACAUAAGUGAAGUUAAUUAAAAACAUAAAUUUAUCUGCUAGUUGAUUAAUUUAGACACAUACGCACACACACACACACACACCCAGAUUCACGUAUUCUAUGAACUCUUCAUACGAAAAGGUUAAAUCAUCCGUCGCGUCCCGAGUGUAAAACAUCAUAAAUUAAAAAAAGUGCUUGUUAAUCACGUACGCAGCCAGCACAAUUUUUGAGAAAAUAUUCUCUAAGAAAAGUGUGCAUAAUAUCGAAUCACUUGGUGUAUAAAAGACCAGCAUCCUGGCGAACCGCAACGGUAACAACGGAAACGGUGGUGGUAGCGGUGGCGGCGGUAAUAACGCUGCUGCUGGCGCCGCUGGUGGUAGUGGUGGUGGUAAUGCAGCAGAGGGAUCACGACGUAACGGCGCUGUUGCAGCCGCUGCCGCAGCAGCGGCCAACGUUGCGGGGGGUGCUGGCGAGCAAGGCGCCGCAGCAGGUGCCGGAGCAGCUGAGUGGAAUCCAGAAGAAAUCGACCGUUUUAGCUUCGAUGACUCUGAUCGUUUUGAAGAAGAUUCCCUUUGUAGUUGGAGCUCCGAGCCAGAGUCAUUAUGUAAUAACUGGCGCGGUUGGAAGAAACCCUCAAGUUUCGGUUUGACCAACACAAUAACGGCCAGCGCUAGUUCAACGCCUGCUAGCAUUGUAGUGCGUAAAGCUGACUCUGAUGGUGAUGUUUCUUCACUCACCGAACUUGCUGCACGCUGCGUCGCUUCAUAUAUCCCCUUUGAAUUGGUCGAACACGUCUAUCCGCCCGUACCGGAGCAACUGCAAUUGCGCAUUGCUUUUUGGAGUUUCCCAGACAAUGAAGAGGAUAUACGCCUGUACUCGUGCUUGGCCAAUAGCUCGGCGGAUGAAUUUAAUCGCGGCGAUCAGCUGUUCAAGACACGCGCCGUCAAAGACACACUACAAAUCGGUUUUCAUUUAUCUGCCACUGUAGUUGGUCAAACGCCACGUGCCCACUUCAAUGUGGCCGUCACCUUCGAUCGCAGGCGCAUCUCGUCGUGCAACUGUACUUGCACCUCGCCCGCCUACUGGUGCUCGCACGUGGUUGCCGUCUGUUUACAUAGAAUUCAUAAUCCCCUAGAAGUAUGUUUACGUGCACCCGUCUCCGAAUCAUUGACGCGUCUACAACGCGAUCAAUUGCAGAAAUUCGCGCAAUAUUUAAUCAGCGAAUUGCCGCAACAAAUACUACCAACAGCGCAACGUUUGCUCGAUGAGCUGCUCAGCUCACAGCCCACUGCCAUAAAUACAGUGUGCGGUGCGCCUGAUCCGACAGCUGGUGCUUCUGUACACGAUCAGACUAGUUGGUAUUUGGAUGAAAAGACAUUGCAUGCUAAUAUUAAGCGUAUUUUAAUUAAAUUCUGCCUACCGGCACCCAUAGUUUUUAGCGAUGUAAAUUAUUUAACAAACUCCGCACCACCGGCGGCUGCCGAAUGGAGUUCACUGUUGCGUCCGUUACGUGGACGUGAACCCGAGGGCAUGUGGAAUCUAUUAUCAAUCGUACGUGAAAUGUAUAGACGUUGUGAUCGUAAUGCUGUACGCCUGCUGGAGAUCAUCACCGAAGAGUGUAUGGUGUGCGAUCAAAUAUUAAUAUGGUGGUUCCAAACGAAAUUAUCACUGAUGAUGGGCUCGCAUGGGCAUAGCGGUGGCAAACACUCGAAUACACAUUCGAAUUCGACAGCCCUCCAGCAUGCAUGUAGCUCGCUGUGCGAUGAGAUUGUAGUGUUGUGGCGUUUGGCGGCGCUAAAUCCCGGCUUGGCGCCAGACGAACGCGAUAUGUUGCAUGCACAAUUCACUGCAUGGCAUCUAAAGAUACUCGAUCGUGUGGUGAAGUGUCGUAUGAUGCCACCGUCGUAUAGCAAUAAGCACCAACAGAAUUCAAGAUCUGAUGCCGAAAUGUUUGUUGGAUUCAAGCCAGCUAUCGAAGCUUGCUAUUUGGACUGGGAGGAGUAUCCAAUACCGGGCAUUACACACACGCACGAUACCAAUCCCAUAUAUUACAGUCCUUUCACAUGUUUCAAACACACCGAUUCAAAAAGCGAAACGAAUAAUGGACAACUUAAUGCUACACAAGCGGUAAUGGCAAACAAUAAACACUAUAACUACAUUAGUUCAUCUACAGAUCACGGCUCACGUGGCACAUUCAAGCAACGUCACGAACGCCUCUUCGUUGAACGUUUCUACAUUUCGUCCAGCAAUAAUUCGAGUAACUCCUCAAGCGAUAGCGUACAUGCGCGUCUACAUCAAGGACUUGGCUCUGCUGGAGUAUCCAGUAACACGGGUGGUGUUAAUCCAGCCACAACGGAUGGCUCAACCAGCAAUGUUGGCGCAAUGGUCGCAGGCGCUAGCAAUGCUUUGGCCAAUGUGGAAGCCGGCAAUAGUUUACGUACAGAAGCUGGACCAAGUGGGAGUGGUCAUGGUGGUGGCGGCGGCUGCGGCGUACCGGGUGGUGGUGUCACCAUCAACAGCAUCAGCGGCCCUUCCGCUAUAGCAGAUUUGCCACGCUUACCGAUGAGCAGUGUCUCUGGCAGUGGUGGCAAUGUUGGUGUCGGUGCCGGCGGAGGUGGCGGUGAUGGCAAUCGUUCCAGCGCAAGUAGCGAAGGUUUUUGCGAGAAUGACGACUUUGGCGGUGACAGCAGUAGUAAUAAUCUUUGUGCUGAGGGUGGACAAACGCUUGAACCGGCACAUGCAUCCAUUGUGGGAUCCGCAAUGCGCUUGGAGCAAACGGAUGCACAACGCACUUUUACCGCACUAGGUACAGACGUACCAGUCAUGGUUGGGCCAAGCGGUGGUUCUUCAUAUCAUAUACAAACGACCACUUCACUCUCAUCCGACACCUCAUCGUCUACUUCAAGUUCGUCAUCGAACUCAUCAUCGUCAUCGAUGUUAAUGGGCGCAGCCGGCAUAGAUACCACACCCGAAAUUACAGCAAAAAGUAAUAGCAACAAGCUCAUAUCUGUCGGGGAUGUCAGACGUUUAUCGAAAGAUGAAUCAUUCUCCUCAUCCUCGGAUGAGUUCACCACACAAGAUUCGCCAACGGCGGUUAAGCCAGCUGAGCUAAUAGCAGUGGCGAGCACAUCAGCGGCGGCUUCGGCAGCGGCAACAGCGCAAACGUCGUCGUCAAUAGUACAGACACCAACAUCAAACAAUAAACAAACGCCGCCUGCUAACACAUUCACUGCUAACGUGCAUGCAGCUGCAGUGGCAACAACAGCGAGCAAUCAUCCAUCUGCGUCCACUUCAAACGCAGCACAACACGCGACCACAGGUGGCAACGAGAAGCCGCACAUCUUCUCAAAUGUGCGUCCCACUGAGGAUGCCUGGGAUAUACUUUUGGCGCGCUCGGAAGGUCUACAUGCGCACGGCCAUGGGCGAGAAGCAUGCAUAUUAGCUGUACGCUUGGCUGAAGAAAUGUUAGCGAAUCCACCGAAUUUGAUGGUGGAAUUGCCGCAAAUGCCGAAGCGUAAAGGUAAAAAUAAAAACAUAAACCCCAUUUCACAUCACUUAACUGUGCUGGCGUCGUCCACUUUGUCGAAAUGUGCAUUCCUGUGUACGGUACUGUCGGAGAACUCCGAACACUUUCACAUUGCAUUCAGAAUUUGUCUAUUUGCAUUGGAAAUGCCACGCCCACCAGCCAGCACAAAACCGCUUGAGGUCAAAUUGGCCAAUCAGGAAGCUGACAUACUAACGCUACUGAAGAAAAUACCGCUUAAUGAGCCGGAGCUCCAAGUGAUACGUGAACGUGCUGAAUGCCUGCGCAACGGCACUUUAAAAUCACGCGGCGAAGCAUUGCUACCCAUAAAUCUGGCGACAUUUAUAUUCGAUGCGCUAGUAAUGCCCUUGAUAGUGGUUAAAGAGCCACGCAAUCCCACACUAGACGUGAUGUAUCGUCUGCCAUCCGAUGAAAAUUUAGGUUUCGAAGCCGCUGUGGCCGCUUUGGGACUGAAAGCAAACGUCUCGGAAGCUGAACAUCCAUUGCUGUGCGAGGGCACACGUCGUCAACGUGGCGAACUGGCAUUAGCACUACUCUGCUAUUACAAAGAUGAACCACGUAAAAUCGCAAAGAUCAUGGAGAAACUACUGGAUCGUGAGAUACAUGUACUGUUGAAAUCCCCAUUGCUGCCAGCCUACUAUUCGAACAACCCGCCUGUGCGUACAGCUGCAUCGUCGAUGUCACGUCGUGAGGAGCAAGAGUAUGCUAAUGCCAUCAAUGGUGGCGCACACAAUGCCAAUCUCAAUGAUAUGUUCCCAUCGGACUACGGUUCUGUAGGUGGCAAUAGUCGACCGCAUAGUUCAACCAGCGCCGAAUUAGAAGUAGGCAUGAGCGCAUUGAGUGUUUCGUCGUCACAAGGGGGCGGCAGUGGCACACUAACCAGCGCUACUGGCAGCAAUCAACCGAUGACCGGGCCGAGCGGUCAAACAAACGUCACUGGCGGCGCCACCAGUCGCAGUAAGGAUAGUCGUUAUAAGGGUAAGCGUGCUUACCCGUCUAUACCUAAUCAACCGUCGGAGGCCAGCGCACAUUUUAUGUUCGAGCUGGCUAAGAAUUUGCUCAUCAAAGCAGGUGGCAAUUCAUCCACAUCGCUAUUCACACAAGCCACCACCAAUCAAGGGCAUCAUGGCCCACAUCGCGCACUUCAUAUAUGCGCCUUUCAGCUAGGUCUGUAUGCGCUUGGGCUGCACAACUGGGUCAGCCCCAAUUGGUUGUCGCGCACCUAUUCGUCGCACGUCUCCUGGAUACUUGGCCAAGCAAUGGAAAUUGGUGCACCCGCCAUCAGUUUUCUCAUCGACACGUGGGAGGGUCACUUAACGCCACCCGAAGCAGCGGGUAUGGCCGAUCGUGCUUCACGCGGCUGGGACAAUAAUAUGGUAUAUCCGGGUGCUGAAUUGGCGCUGUCCGUGUUGCCACACGCUGCAGCGCUCAAUCCCAACGAAAUUCAACGCGCCAUCCUGCAGUGCAAAGAACAGAGCGAUCACAUGCUUGAACGCGCCUGCAUCACCGUUGAGAACGCCGCCAAGGGUGGUGGUGUCUAUCCCGAAGUGCUAUUCCAAGUGGCACGUUACUGGUACGAGUUGUAUGGUCAUAAUACACCGAACAAUGAACACGAACAACAUGACGAUCAUUUGGAUCAUUCGGCGGUUAGUCUGAGCGCGCUCAUCGAAUCGCAUCAGCAUCAUGAAAUGCAACAACAAAUGCAGGCGCAAGUGCAGGCACAACAGCAGCCGCAAGGCGGCAUGGUCGGUCCACCGCCAGUCAUGCCGGCGGCGCCACCGGGUGGCCCCAAUGCACCCGGUCAGCCGGGACAGGUUGUGGUCAGUACAGCGCCGCAACCCUUCCAGCAAGGUGUUGCCACGCUGGCGCCCAUAGCCUUGCCACCAUACCCGCCGUAUAGUUUUUGCCAAAAUCUAUACCAUCACAAUAUCACCACCUAUCCGGGCAACCAAAUGCAAAUGUACAUUUCAGCCGGACCACCGCCACCGCAAGCGUAUCCAGGUUAUCCGUCAACACAAGCGCAACAGCAAAAUGCAGCUAACAUACAGCCGAGUGGCUCUGCACAGCCCAACUCACCGUAUGUGCAUCAAACGAGUGCGCCGAGUGGUGGUUUUCCACCACAAAUGCCACCGCAACAGAUGCCACCACAAGCAUACCAGGGCAUGCAAUGCGGCGCUGGUGGCGCGCCACCUACCGGUUUCCUGCCACAACUCGGCCAAGGUGGACAGCCGCAAAUGCCGCCACAAAAUAUGCAAAAAGUAGCCGCUGCUGCCGCCGCCGCAGUAUACUUUGCGCCACCACCACAGCAUCCCGCACAAGCAGCGGCCGCCGCCAACGCGGCUAUGGCACAGCAUCAAAUGCGUCAGCAACAGCAGCAAGGUGUUUAUCCACCGUUUGUGCCGCAGCCGCCGGUACAUGCGGCGCCUCCGCAACCGCCCUUGCGUCAACGGCAUCCACAUCAAUUCACUUCAACGCAAUUGCGUUAUCUACUCGCCGCCUACAAUGUGGGGAUGUUGGCUAUGGAGACGUUGGCGCGCCGCGUGCACGAUGAUCGUCCGCAAGCGAAAUACGCACGCAAUCCACCUUACGGCGAGGAUGUCAAAUGGUUGCUGCGCAUCUCCAAAAAAUUGGGCACUCAAUAUCUGCAUCAGUUCUGCGUCUGCGCUGUUAAUUCGAUUGUCAGUCCCUUUGUGUUGCACGACGUUGCCAUCGAAUCGGCGCACUAUCUGGGUCGUAACAAUCACCAGUUGGUAAUGCAGCAUUUGCGCUCGGCGUUAACGCCUCUGGUGCAGAAGUGUCAACAGAUGUACAUUCAGUGCAUACAUCAGAAGUUAUACCAUCUGACUCAGGCUGAUUAUGAGGACUUUGCAAGCAUUAUCUUAGCAGCGCGCGCUGCGUUCCAAAUUACACCAGAAGGCAAUGCGCAGUUUAAGGAUUGGCUGCAAUCGAUUAAGAGAUCGAAAUCGUGCAAAAAGGAAUUGUGGACGCAAAUCAAUGCAGCUCUGCAAAGCAAUUCCAAAUGACAAAGACUUGAUUCAUUUAGUUUAUCGCAUUCAACAACGUCAGCACCAAAAAUCGACAACUACUUUUCCACCAAUAAUUCAACGACUUCGACAACAACAUCGGCAACGAGCGCAGCAAACGUCCAUAACACGGCUAUGGACAAUACAACAACAAAAAACACGAUAGAAAAUGUCACCAACACUAAUGCUGCAACCACAGCGACGGUUGCUAAUGAAGCUGUUGGCAGUAGCAAUAGCUGUAGCGGUGGUGCUGGUGGUGGUCGUAGCAACGGCAGCAGCAACAACAAUCAGAACAACAGCAAUCAUACCAGCAGCACUCACAAUGGCAGCGGCCACAGCAGCAACACACAGCAUAACAGCAGCUGCAGCAGACACAUAAAAACGAAUAUGAGCGGUGCCGGUGUGCCGACAUUGCCCGCAGCAGCGUUACCCUUAUCAGCAACAUCCGUAGGCAGCACACCGCCGAGCAGCGCUGAAGCGACAAAUACCAACAAUUUCGCUUACUACACGGGUGUCACUGAAACGGUGGCAGCAACGGCUGGCCCAGCAACAACACAGCGACAUGCUGUAGCAGCGACGCCACCACCACCACUCCCACCACAAACGUUGCCACCAUCAUCUGCUGCGUCUUCAUCAGCAUCAGCGCAUUAUCCAACACACCAGCAGCACUAUGCCACGGGCAACACAGUGGCGCCACUGUCGGAUGCCUUUCACCACCAGCAGAUGCAGCUACAGCUACAACAACAAUACGAGCAACACUAUCAACUGCAAACAGCUUACUAUCACCAGCAGCAGCAGCAGCAGCCGCCGCCGUCGCAGCCGCCGCAAGAAGACCAAUCCACAUCGUAUGUGGCGCCACAACAACCAGCCCCACAAUACCAACAUGUGGCGGCAACAACAACAGCGCAUGCACAUGCAACGCGCAGCAAUAGGCAAGCUACGCCGUCGACAGUCACACACCACGCAACGAACACAUCACAAGCCACGAUAACUCACCAGCAGCAGCAGCAACAGCAAACUGCAGCAAUGGCACACGCGCUGACACACACCACACAGCAACAACAACAGCAACAGCAGCAGCAAAUAUACCCAACAGCGAUGCUGGCCAUUGCCACAGCACCGCCGCCACCAACAACAUACGGCGUCAGCGGUGCCAGUGCUGCUUCCGCUCCUUUAGCCAACAUAAGCACUGUAAAUGCAACACAAAACGUAAAUGUCAUUUCGGCCGCGCCGAUUGUGGUGGAAUUCAGCAAUUUCCAACUAAAUUGUAUGCGCACAACGGCAACAACGACCACAAAUGGAGGCGCUUCAGCAGCAGCAGCGGCGGCGGCGGCAGCAGCAAUAGUCGCAACAACGCCGGCGAACAAUGACGCGAACCGCGGCUUGGUGGGCGGGCAAGCGAACACACAACAUCAUCAUCAUCGCCAUCACCAUCACUAUCAUAAUGCUGCGGCGAGCAAUAUGCAUGCGCAUACACACCAACAAGCGCUGUUGCAACAGACGCAAUCACAACAACAACAGCAACAACAUCAGCACCAACACCAACAUCCGCUGCAAGCAGAUGCAGCGCUGGCCGAUAGACAACAGCUGCAGCAUCAGCAAUAUGCCCAACACCCGCCGCAGCCGCUCCAGCAACAUGCCACACAUUACGGUUAUCACCAGCCUCAUCACCAUCACCAUCAUCAGAAUGUGCGGCACUAUCAUCAUGCGCCGCCGCCGCCACCAGCGCCGUUGUAAGGCGUUGAAAUAAAGUAGAAAUCAGAAUGUUGCGCAACAUAUUGCGGCAACAUUGCUGCACACACACACACUGUUUGUUGCCAUUGGUGGCUGAAAGUUAAUGUUAGCAAAAAAGCAGUAGUUAUAGUAAUAAAAA